AGAUUGUCAUGUGAUGAAACCUCCAGGAAUACGUCCAACCUAAACUGGCAACCCUAGUGCUAACUUGUUAAGAUUUUGCACUUAUCGAAGCCACUUUUAGAGGAAUUCCUUUUUGUAAGAAAGAGGCAUGCUACAAAAGACUACUUUCCAGAAACCUCUAAGUGUUCAGUUGUUUUACUGUAGCUUAAAAUAUAUGAUUGAGAUUUUCAGAGCAGUGCUGGGGAUUUUGCCACACAUUUUCCACUAAUUUUAACAAUAUAAAGUCCAGACCUAGAGCUUGCUGAAGUCAGUGGGAGGACUACCAUUGCCUUAAUAGGGAUUUGAUCUGGCUCUAAGCAGUCAGUAAGUAUGUCUGUUUAUUAGACAAACUGGUAGUAGCAAGGGGUUGCAACAACAAAUAGAAAUGGUUCUCAGCUUCAAAACUUGAGUCUGGUUUAUAACAUGCCCUAAGAAGACUGUUCAGAACCAAGGUUUUGGAUCAAGCUAAUCUUCAAGAAGAUGAGAACAAGUGGUGGCAUAAUAAAAUUAAGAUGUUUACAACAGUCUCCAACCUGUCAAGGAAUAUGCAAAAUAUGAAGACGAGUCAUCUUUCACUUUGAGUAUUUGUUAUAGGAGGGUAAAUGCGAUGGUGGCUGCAGCAUGCUGUCAAACAGGUGACAUGUCAGCAGCAGUGCCAAAUGUUACAUUGAAAAUUGAUCCUCAGGAUCUUCAGAUCCAGACAUUUACAGUGGAGAAGCUGUUGGAACCAUUGAUAAUUCAGGUUACCACAUUAGUGAAUUGUCCACAAACCCCUUCUAAUAAGAAAAAAGGAUGUUCCAAAAGAGCCCGUGUCCUCUUAGCUUCUGUGGAAAAAGCCACUUGGAAUCUAUUGGACAAAGGGGAGAAAAUUGCAAAGGAAGCCAUUGUAUUUAAGGAGGAACUUAAUGCAGCACUUAAUGAUGUUCGUAAAGAAAGUGAAGCUUUAAGUGCAUCAGCAAGGGAAUUUACCAAUGAUCCCUGUUAUCUGCCUAAAAGGAAAGCUGUUGUUCAAGCAGCACGCUUCCUUCUGGCUGCUGUCACUAGACUUCUGAUUCUGGCAGACAUGAUUGAUGUGGUAUACCUAUUGCAACAUUUAACAGUGUUUCAAAGAACAUAUGAGUCUCUACGAAACGUGUCUAGUAAAUCUGAACUACAGAAAACCUACCAGAAGCUUGGGAAAGAUCUGGAAAAUCUAGAUUAUUUGGCCUACAGACGUCAACAGGAUUUGAAAUCUAGCAAUCAACGAGAUGAAAUUGCAGCAGCACGUGCUUCUCUGAAGGAAAAUUCGUCUCUUCUACAUUCAAUUUGUUCAGCUUGUUUGGAACAUUCAGAUGUUGCAUCUCUUAUAGCCAGCAAGGACUCAAUUUGCAAUGAAAUACAGAGCGCUCUCAAUGUCAUUUCUAAUGCUUCUCAAGGAAUUAGUAAUCAAAGGGUUCAUCCUACGUCUCAUUCAGCUAUGCUAGGAAGUGCACUUGAUGAGCUUGAGAGUUUAAUCAUAUUGGAUCCACUUACAAUGAAUGAAGAAAAAAUAAGGCCAUCACUAGAGAAACGUUUGGAAGGGAUUAUCAGUGGGGCAGCACUGUUAGCUGACUCUUCCUGCACGCGUGACUUUCAUCGAGAACAAAUAAUCACAGAGUGCAACGCCAUCCGCCAAGCUCUCCAAGAUCUUCUGUCUGAAUACAUGAAUAAUAUAACGCUUUCUAGCCAUAUGAUGCAGGCAAUGAAUCAUCAUCAUCUGUGUGAGGCUGAUAAGAAAGAAAAGAGUAAUGCCCUGAAUAUUGCAAUAGAUAAUAUGUGCAAGACGACAAGAAACCUUCGCAGACAGCUUCGGAAAGCUAUUAUAGAUCAUGUCUCAGAUUCCUUCUUGGAUACCACUAUUCCACUUCUAGUUCUCAUUGAGGCUGCUAAAAAUGGAAGAGAAAAGGAAAUAAAGGAAUAUGCUGCUAUAUUUCGAGAACACACCAGCAGGCUUGUGGAGGUGGCUAAUCUUGCUUGUUCACUAUCAACUAAUGAAGAUGGAAUUAAAAUUGUCCAAAUGGCAGCUAAUCACAUAGAGACUUUGUGCCCACAGGUUAUUAAUGCAGCUUUAGCUCUUGCUGCCAGACCAAAAAGCCAGGUGGUGAAAAACAGCAUGGAAAUAUAUAAGAGCACAUGGGAGAAUCGCAUACAUGUUCUUACUGAAGCUGUGGAUGACAUUACAAGCAUUGACGAUUUUCUUGCUGUAUCAGAAGGCCACAUUCUGGAGGAUGUAAACAAGUGCAUCCUUGCACUGAGAGAACAGGAUGCUGAUGAUUUAGAUCGUGCAGCCGGUGCCAUCCGAGGGCGUGCUGCAAGGGUGGCUCAUAUUGUCUCUGGUGAAAUGGAUAGUUAUGAGCCUGGGGUUUACACUGGAGGAGUGAUGAAAAAAGUUCAGUAUUUGACAAAUACUGUGAUUCCAGAGUUUGUUACUCAAGUCAAUAUUGCACUGGAGAGCUUAAGCAGGAACACAAUGCAUCAGUUUGAUGACAAUCAGUUUGUGGACAUCUCAAAGAAGGUCUAUGAUACAAUUCAUGACAUCAGAUGUUCAGUCAUGGUGAUUCGGACGCCAGAGGAAUUGGAAGAUAUAUCGGACCUUGAAGAAGACUAUGAUGCACACAGUCGUACCAGUGUUCAAACUGAAGGGAAAACUGACAGGGUAUGUAUUAGAUAAGUUUAAUUAAAAAGC